UCUUCACACUUUAUUAGAGUAACAAACCGUUCUAUAUAUAUAUAUAUACCUCCGUGACACCUCUAGUCAUAUUUUAUUCUAAAACCCAAUCAAAUCUCAAUUCUUCUUUCACUCCUCUCUUCAUCAGAAUGGGAAGUUCUGGAAUAAACAACGACUAUGGUGCAUUCACAUACCAAAACCUUGAGAGAGAACCAUAUUGGCCAACAGAAAAGCUAAGAAUUUCCAUUACCGGUGCUGGUGGGUUUAUUGCCUCCCACAUUGCUCGCCGUCUUAAGACCGAGGGCCAUUACAUUAUUGCCUCUGAUUGGAAGAAGAAUGAGCACAUGACUGAGGACAUGUUCUGUCAUGAGUUCCAUCUUGUUGAUCUUAGGGUUAUGGAUAAUUGCCUCAAAGUUACUAAGGAUGUGGAUCAUGUUUUCAAUCUUGCUGCUGAUAUGGGUGGGAUGGGUUUUAUCCAAUCCAAUCACUCUGUCAUUAUGUAUAACAACACAAUGAUUAGCUUCAAUAUGAUUGAAGCUGCUAGGAUUAAUGGUGUUAAGAGGUUUUUUUAUGCCUCUAGUGCUUGUAUCUACCCUGAAUUCAAACAGUUGGAAACAAAUGUGAGCUUGAAGGAGGCUGAUGCCUGGCCUGCUGAGCCACAAGAUGCAUAUGGGCUGGAGAAGCUUGCAACAGAAGAGUUAUGCAAGCAUUAUAACAAAGAUUUUGGAAUUGAGUGCCGCAUUGGGCGGUUCCAUAACAUAUACGGCCCUUUUGGUACAUGGAAAGGUGGAAGGGAAAAGGCUCCUGCUGCUUUUUGCCGAAAGACACUUACUUCCACAGAUAAAUUUGAGAUGUGGGGAGAUGGAUUACAGACACGAUCCUUCACCUUCAUUGACGAGUGUGUUGAAGGCGUGCUUAGAUUGACUAAAUCAGACUUUCGGGAGCCAGUGAAUAUUGGAAGUGACGAAAUGGUUAGCAUGAAUGAGAUGGCUGAGAUUGUUCUUAGCUUUGAGAACAAAAGCAUACCCAUCCAACACAUUCCUGGUCCAGAGGGUGUUCGUGGCCGCAAUUCAGACAAUACACUUAUCAAAGAGAAACUUGGCUGGGCUCCAACAAUGAAGUUGAAGGAUGGGCUGAGAAUUACAUACUUCUGGAUUAAAGAGCAGCUUGAGAAAGAGAAGGCUGGAGGUGUUGAUGUAACAUCCUAUGGAUCGUCUAAAGUGGUAUCGACUCAAGCCCCUGUUCAACUAGGUUCACUUCGGGCUGCAGAUGGCAAUGAAUGAGGAACUAAAGCAUAGCUGUUAGUGUUCUCUUAAAUGUUUCAAGUGAAUGGUUAGGUUUUAUAUUGCUAUUUUGAAGAGAACUUUGGUUAUAGUUAAUAAGUUAUCUUAAGGUUAAUUUUGGAAGAUGUAAUGCGCUUAUUUUGUUUUAUGUAGCCUGUCUGAGGCAGUACUUGGUGCUUAUGUUCGUGUCACUGCAGUAGAAAUUAUAAUUCUGUGUUUUUUAAAGUCUGAAUGAUUGAAACUUUUAGUACAAAGUCGUUUUCUUCCUUUUA